CUGAAGUAUAAGAAGACAAACGAGAAAAGUUUGAUCAACCAAACUUAUGUUUCAAAACCCUUACUCUUCCUGCUGCUUCUUGCAGUGGCAUUGGUCGUCUUUCAGACCAAAUCUCUAGCCAACGCUGUAGACUCCGAGUCUUCGAACUCAUCUAUAAAGCCAGUCGUGAAGAUCGUGAAAGGAAAACAUCUAUGCGACAAAGGAUGGGAAUGUAAAAGAUGGUCCGAGUUUUGAUGUAACCAUACAGUCUCCUCUUUUUUUGAGACAUAUCAGUUCGAGAAUCUAUUCUCAAAACGAAACAGUCUUGUCGCUCACGCUGUCGGUUUUUGGGAUUGCCGAUUAUUCAUCAACGCCGCUACUGAGUAUCAGCCUCUUGACUUCGGUACCGCCGGAGAUAAAUUUCAAGGAAUCAAGGAAGUCUCUGCCUUUCUUGGUCACGUUCAGGCCUGGUCACGCGGGUACGGUGUUGUGACGGGUGGACCAUUGGCUUGGGGGUUGACUCCUGAUCAGCUUUUUUGUGACGACUACUAUAAAUUAACGUAUCCAUGUACUCUUGGAGUUUCGUACUACCAUGGUCGAGGAGCUUUAUCGGUUUACUGGAAUUACAGUUAUGGUCAAACCGGGAGCUGGGAGGCGUUGAAAGUGGAUCUACUUCAUCCAGAGUAUCUCGAGAACAAUGCGACAUUGGCGUUUCAAGCUGCUAUCUCGCGGUGGCGUUGGAUGGCGCCGCCUAAAAAGUAUGUGCUGUCAGCGCAUGAUGUUUUCAUCGGGAUAUGGAAGAACGAUACGGCGGCUAAACGGACCUACGGUGAUCAGAUGUGCAACACAGGGUUUGAUAACGAUAAGAUGAAUAUCAUUGUGUCUCGCUACUCUUGUAUAUUACUUAGAUUAGAUAUUAUGGGAGUUGGAAGAGAAGAAGCUGGUCCUCGUGAAACUCUAUCGUGUGCUGAUAGCAUUUCUCUUCUUCCUCGGUUCCUCCUCAUCUUCUCGAUCCUCAUCUUGAAUGCGAGAUAUAUCCGAAAGAGUAGAGGUUUUUGUGGACUUUGAUAUAAAAGAACCUGUGAGUUAUGUACUUGUGUGUAAUGUGUAUGUAUUAUCAUACUCCUUGUUCUUUGUGUUUCAUAAGUGUUACGUUAACAUUUUUUUCUUGCUACAAAAAAAUGUCAUUUUAGAAUUUUAAUGUAAUUUUCAACUAAAAGUUAAUUAUAAAUUUAUUAAUUUUAUAAAUAAUUUUAUUUUAUCUCAAAUAUUAUUGAUUAAAUAUGUAUAAUUAAUAAAAAUAUAAACAUGUUUAAAUUAUUUUUUAAUCUGUAUGAAAAAUGUCAUUUUAUUAUGAAUUGGAUGAAAUAUUACGUAAUGCAUGUAGAUAGAUGUAGGGAAGGUCCCGAGGGGAGUGGGAUGAAGCCACAGCUUGUGACCCCCAAUUUUUUUCACAAAAAUUAACAAAAAAUUCAUUACCAAAGCAGGCCCCUGAUUGCUUCAUUUAUUACAAUUGAGCCUCCGAUUUUUCUAUCCUUUACAAAUAAAUCAUUUAUAAAAAUUUAAAUUUUUUUGGUCUUUAGGCCCCCGAAAUAUAACAUGAACUAUCGUAAAUUUUCUACGUGUAAAUAAUUGAUAUAUAACAAAAUUGACAAAAAAAAAUACAGCAACUGAUAUAAGUUCUUGAUGGUGUGACACAUUAAACUUGUAACACUAAUAACCAUAAUCAAUAAAUCAAUGUAAUAGCUUUUUGUUUUGGUAACUAAUCUGUCAUAAUUUCAAAUAGUGAUUUGCUCCCAAAAAAAAAAAUCAAAGUGAUUAUCUAGGAAAUUACCACCAAAUUACAAUUCGAAGACGUCAAGAUGACGACUAUUGAAAAGCAAUUAUGUUAUCGGUGGAUAAGAUAGAAUGUCAUACGCGAACGCGAGUAAUAAAUUGUUUGGUCAACGUGCGUCAUUAUUUACGUAAGUUUAUUUACGCGUCGGGUCACAGUGUUAACAACUCUUUAAUGGGAUGGAUAAUGAUAAAGAAAGAAAAUGAGAUCAUUUAAUCGUAAUAAAUGCAUUAAUCUAAUGAACAAUAAAACUGAUAGUAAAUCAUAAAAUAUUGUUGUUUUCUGUUAAUUUUAUAACCAUAAUAAUAGGCUGAAAAUUAACAUAAUAAAUUAGAAAAGACCUUAUAGCCUGAUGUUCUUUUUAAAAACAUUUAAGAUAAAAUAAUUUGGAUAGUUUUUUCAAAAAAAGGUUGUCUAAUAAUUUAUUAUUUCUUGGAAGCUCUAUUUAGGUUAAAUAGAUUCCUUAUUAUUUAUUGGAAGCUCUAUUUAGUGAAAAAAAAAGAUUCCUUAUUUGGUUUUGCUGACCUGUAGGAUAAGAUUUUUUGUUAUUUUAUAAAAAAAAUCUAUUUAUGUUUUGAAUUUGAUCUCCUAACAUUAUGAUUGUGAUCUGUGUUAUCUCUUUUUGAAGAAAAAAGAAGAAGAUCUGUGUUAUCUCUUACCAAAAAAGAAGAAGAAAACGUUCAAGUCAGCAAAGACCGCAGCCAAAUUACUAAAACAGGGUAGUCUUCUAUUUAAAAAAGGACACAUUUUGCUAUUAAAACAUAGAUUCAGAAAACAAAUUCAAAUAUAAAUUGUCAAGUUUGUGUUGCUAUUCUUUCUCAAAAAAAAAAAACAAAAAGUUUGUGUUGCUAUUAAGUUCAGAGAGAAAUAAUCUUGAAAAAGGUUGCUGCCGUCAUAAAGAACACCACCAGGUAAAUUUGUUUUAACUUCUGAUCCUCUUAAAUAUUCUUAACCCUAGUUAAAUAUAGCAAUCUUAAGAAGAAAAAAAGUUGCUUUCACUUGUUAACCCUUUUUCAUAUUAUUAGAAAGAUGUGUUAUUUAUUAAACUUUUAUUCUUUUUAUCUUGUUUUAGUGAUUUUAAAUUAUACAAUCAACUAUUUUUGUAGUUGAGGAUUAGAUAAGGUUAGUAAGAAUCGAUAUCUCUUAAAAUUUAUUUUAUUUUACUCAAUUGCAAAAUUCAUAAAUCGUAAAAUUUAGAGAAAUAAUUAGUA